GCAUUGAGACGUGGCUCUUCCAGGAGCCAGCAGGCAACUGCCCCAGCUAGGGACCUACCCUGGACGGGAACCUGUUCCCACCACCAGCAGCGGCAGCUUCAGACCAAAUACACGCUGAUAGAUGAGCAGGACAUCCCGCUGGUGGAGAGCUACUCCUUUGAGGCCCGGAUGGAGGUGGAUGCAGAUGGAAAUGGGGCCAAGAUCUUCGCGUACGCCUUCGACAAGAACAGAGGCCGGGGGUCCGGACGCCUCCUCCACGAGCUGCUGUGGGAGCGACACAGGGGCGGCGUGGCCCCCGGAUUCCAGGUGGUGCAUCUCAAUGCUGUGACUGUGGACAACCGUCUGGACAACCUGCAGCUGGUGCCCUGGGGCUGGCGGCCCAAAGCUGAAGAGACCUCCAGCAAGCAGAGGGAGCAAAGCUUGUACUGGCUCGCCAUUCAGCAGCUCCCCACGGACCCCAUAGAGGAGCAGUUCCCUGUGCUGAACGUCACCCGGUACUACAACGCCAAUGGGGACGUGGUAGAGGAGGAGGAGAACUCCUGCACCUACUACGAGUGCCAUUACCCACCCUGCACGGUCAUCGAGAAGCAGCUCCGCGAGUUCAACAUCUGCGGGCGCUGCCAGGCAGCACGCUACUGUGGCUCCCAGUGCCAGCAGAGGGACUGGCCCGCCCACAAGAGGCACUGCCGGGAGAGGAAGCGGCCCUCUCAGCAUGAGCUCGAGCCGGAGCGGUGACGGGUGCCCAGCUCACAGCGUCCGGCGCCUCCUGGGGCAUGGGACAGACGUGGUUGGACCUGGAGGCCCCAAGAGCAGGCAGCAGGCCGGGACCAGCCGCCACAAGACUCCAGCGUUGCCGGCAGCCUGUGGGGACAGUGCCCCUCUGGUGUUCACCUCCAGCAGGGACGACUGGAGGCGCCCAGGACGGCUCUCAUUAUUUAUAUGUUGAUAUGUUUGUAAACUCAUGUACAGUUUUUUUGGGGGAGGCAGGGAGGGUUGGGAAUCAGAAUCAUUUGCUGUAACCCUCCCGUGGCAGACCGCCAGCUCUCCGGAGUGGCAGGAGCCCCGGGAGCGUGGCCGGCCUGGGGGUCCGAACCACAAGUAAAGCGUGGGAUCACCCGGC